AGAGACAGAGAGAGGGAGAGAUGGUAAAGAGCGUGACUCAUAAGGGCCGGCAGUUAAAAGCGGUCAAAUCCAUCUUCAGGCCCUGAGACGUGCUGAUGGGUGGAAAGUAAACAGCUCGGAGGGUUUAUUAAGUGGGCCAGUUUCCAUAGCGACGCUUUGGCAGGAUAUUGCCAGGAUAAGCCGUAAUGGGUCUCCUGACGCAGUUCACGCUGCUCCUGUGGAAGAACUUCACUCUGCGGAAGAGACAAAAGGUGCGGCUGGUCGUUGAAGUGGUGUGGCCUCUGUUCCUCUUCAUCAUCCUGGUGUGGGUGCGGUCCACCAACAACCCUAUUUUUAAAGGCCAAUGCCACUUCCCGAAUAAAGCCAUGCCGUCGGCUGGCGUGCUUCCCUGGCUUCAAGGUAUGGUGUGCAACAUCAACAAUCCCUGUUUGAACGAGCCGACGCCGGGGGAGACGCCGGGCCAAGUCAACAACUUCAACGACUCCAUAGUUUCAAGGAUGUUGAUAGAGCUGCAAAGCCUCCUAGCGAACGGAUCCAUUCUCAGCAAGGCGCAGUUGCUGGCAGAGGACCUCGACCAGUGGGAUUCAGUCCUGGCAAAGGCAAACCCUGCUCAACCGGUGAUCCUAAGGAGUAUUCUCAGAGACGAUGAAACUUUCUCCACACAUCUAAAAGAGAAUUUGUCGCUGCCACCGACGGUGGUCCAAAGCCUCAUGAAUGCUGAGAUUAAACUCAAUCCAACGACAGGCACCCCGAGGCCAGGCGACCUGAGGAGCGUCCUGUGCGAGGGGACGGAUCUGGAUGAGUAUAUCCAAUUUAGCAGCCAAGCUGAAAAGGAGGCUUUUACAAAUGUCAGCUGCUCCCGCGAUCCACAGCAGCUGAUUAAUGCCCAGCAAGUGUUCCAGCGGAACCUGGAUGGGGGGAAAGUGCUUUCUGAGGUAUCUUCAGCUUUGGAUCUGAAUGUAACAGUCACACUGAUUGGGAAAACCACUCAAGAUGCAUUACCAGUGAUUGAGGAGAUGACCAGGUUGCAGAACUCCAUGGUCUUCGAGGCUGCUAGUUCUUUGGAUUUCCAAAAGGACAUGAUUGGCAGUAUCAGUAUGCUGCUUUGUGGAAAGCCGCCUGACAUCAGCUUAAGCUCACCUAGACAGAUGGAUAACAAGACGUCUGUCUCCAUUACCAGCAACAGUUCCGAUGCUUUUUGUCAGAAUCUUGUCGAAACCCUGGAGGGAACACCUGGUCUGCGCUACAUUUGGAGCACCUUCAAGCAGUUAUUGCAGGGGAAGGUCCUCUACACACCUGAUACACCUGCUGUUCGCCUCGUGGUGAAGGAGGCAAAUAGCACAUUCAAUGCCCUGGCUAUGCUAAAGGAGCUGGCUGAUUUGUGGGAGGAACUCGGGCCACGCGUCUGGGACACCCUGCAAAAUGGCCGGCAAGUCAACGCAUUACGGACUUUGCUGGCAAAUCCGCUGUUUGCUGCUGCCCUCAACCAGCGCCUCGACGGCACGGGAUGGACGGGCGAGAUGCUGGCCAACUUCCUGUACAACGGGCCUCUAGAGGACCGGCCGGCCGGCAUGCCCCCUUACAACUGGCGGGACACCUUCAACGCCACCUCCGACUUCCUGAAGCUUCUCUCAAAGUUCCUCGGUUGUUUAAACCUGAAUAAGUUUGAGGCGGCCCCCACGGAAAGCCGUCUGGUGAGCAGAGCCCUGGAGCUUCUGGAGAAUGGUACCUUCUGGGCUGCCAUUGUCUUUGAAAACCUCCAGCCGAACUCCAGCGGCCUCCCUGCGUACAUCAAAUACAAAAUCCGCAUGGACAUUGAGGACGUGGAGCCCACCAACAAACUCAAAGAAAGGUCUUGGUCUCCCGGGGCUCGGGACAACCCCUUUAAGGACCUGCGCUAUAUUUGGGGAGGCUUCGCCUACCUGCAGGAUAUGAUGGACCAUGGUAUAAUACGAGUGCAAACGUCAAAGACCCAGCCCCUUGGUGUUUUUGCACAGCAAAUGCCGUACCCCUGCUACGUGGAUGAUGGCUUCAUCCAGAAUAUUGGAGGCAUCCUCCCCAUGUUCCUGGUGCUGGCCUUCAUGUACACCGUGUGCAUGACCAUCAAAGACCUCGUGCUGGACAAGGAACUCCGGCUCAAGGAAGUGCUGCGCGUCGUUGGCAUUCAGAACGGCGCCCUGUGGUCUGUGACGUUCACAGAGAACAUUGUUCUGCUCACGGUUCCCUGUGCGCUCAUAAGUGUCAUGGUUAAGUAUGGCAAUGUGCUGCAGUACAGCGACCCCUCGGUGAUCUUUGUCUUCCUGCUGGUGUUCUGCCUGGCCACCAUCACUCAGUGCUUCUUCAUUAGCGUCUUCUUCUCUAAGGCCAAUUUAGCAGCGGCGUGCGGUGGCCUCAUCUACUUCGUCCUCUACCUGCCGCACGUCCUCUGCUACGCCUGGAGGGACGUCAUGGGUUUACAGGCCAAGGUUGCUGUGAGUUUGCUGUCAUGUGUGGCCUUUGGCUACGGCUGUGAGAACUUUGCCAAGUACGAGGUGCAAGGCAUCGGCAUUCAGUGGUACAACAUCAACAGCAGUCCAGAAGAGGGAGAUAACUACACCUUCAUAGUGUCCAUCAUCAUGAUGCUCGUUGAUGCUGCAAUUUACUGCCUUCUCACCUGGUACAUCGAGAAUGUCUUUCCAGGCCAAUAUGGAAUCCCGAGGCCAUGGUACUUCCCUUUCACUGCAUCCUACUGGUGUGGGACAGCCUCAACGGUCGCCAUUGACCCUGGCGUGCUGAAGAACUCGACCGAACAUGACGAGUAUCUGGAGAAACCAUCUCCCAAUAUGAAAGCAGGGGUCUCGGUCCGCAAUCUCGUUAAAAUCUACAAGACUGGAAAGAAGCUCGCUGUGGACGGACUGAGUAUGGACUUUUACGAGAAUCAAAUCACAUCUUUUCUCGGCCACAACGGAGCUGGAAAAACGACCACAAUGUCAAUUCUGACAGGACUGUUCCCACCCACAUCGGGGACAGCUCUUAUCAACGGAUAUGACAUCCUCACUGACAUGGACAGCAUCCGAAAGUACUUGGGAAUGUGCCCGCAGCACAAUGUCUUAUUCAAUGACCUCACGGUGGAGGAGCACAUCUACUUCUACGCCAGGUUGAAAGGACGCAGCCGAGACGAGGUGAAAAUUGAGAUGGACCAGAUGCUUAAGGAUGUCGGCUUACCACACAAACGGAAGGAGCUUGCUAAGAACUUGUCAGGUGGGAUGCAGAGGAAGCUGUCUGUGGCUAUAGCGUUUGUCGGGGGCUCAAAAAUCGUCAUCUUAGACGAGCCCACAGCAGGAGUGGACCCUUACGCCCGCCGGGGUAUCUGGGAACUGCUGUUGAAAUACAAACAAGGUCGCACCAUCAUUUUGUCCACACACCACAUGGAUGAGGCAGACAUCUUAGGCGAUCGCAUCGCCAUCAUCUCCCACGGAAAGAUGCGCUGCUUCGGCUCCUCGCUCUUCCUCAAGAAACGUUUCGGCAGCGGCUACUACCUCACUCUGGUCCGGGAUGGCACCGAGAAGAUGACAGCUCAGCGUGACGGUAUCAUACACCACGAGGCCAAAGAGGAGAAAGACUUUUCUCCGAGGAGCAGCAGCCCGGACGAUGGCAUCGGCAGCCAGAGCUGGAACAACACGGAGCCCUCAGCCGACUUGACGGCUCUAGACCAAAUCGUGCGCCGCCACGUCCCCGAGGCGCUCUUCUUAGAGAGCGUCGGUCAGGAGAUCACCUACAUACUGCCCUAUGGCGGAGCCACAGAUGGGACCUUUGCCCUGCUGUUCCAAGUGCUCGACCUGGCCUUGGCUGACCUUGGCCUGACGAGCUACGGCAUCUCUGACACGACGCUGGAGGAGAUAUUCCUUAAAGUGGCUGAAGAUAGCGGAGUGGAUGCAGAAAUGCCAACAACAAAGGAGGUGUUGGUGAGAGACUGCAAAAGAGGCUCCGGUACAUCCAAGCGGAACAGCAUCGCCAGCGUCCACGUGAAAACCGAGCAAGCCUCCGGACGGAGAGAAAUAAAGGAGCCAUUCACAAGUAAAGUGGAAGACUUAAAGAGGAACGCCGUGGUCAGUGGGAAGGGAUCCACGGUCAUCACCGGGUGGGAGCUCAUCCGGAGGCAGUUCAUGGCGCUUUUUAUCAAGCGCUUCCACCACGCCCGAAGGAGCCGCAAGGGACUCAUUGCCCAGGUGGUUCUGCCCGCGGUUUUUGUGUGCCUGUCUCUGAUCUUCUCGCUCAUCGUCCCACCAUUCACCGAAUAUCCGAGUCUGGAGCUGCAACAAUGGAUGUAUACGCCUCAAACCAACUUUUACAGCAAUGAUGGGCCAGAUAUCGUUGAGGUGUCUAAUGUGGUGGAAACUUUGGUGAACAAGCCUGGCUUUGGGACUCGCUGCAUGAUUGGAAACCCAAUAGCGAACUUGCCGUGUACUUCGAGUGGCUCUGAUUGGUUCACUCCCUCCGUUGACCAGUCCGUCACUGACGUCUUCAUCAACGGGAACUGGAGCAUGUCUAACCCCUCCCCCCCGUGUCAGUGCAGCACGCCUAAACGGACCAUCAUGUUACCCGACUGUCCACCUGCUGCAGGAGGGCUCCCUCCACCUCGGAGGAUCCAGAACACAACAGAAACAUUGUUGGAUCUAACUAGACGAAACGUUACGGACUUCUUGGUGAAGACAUUUAAACGCUCUGGGAAAACAAGGUACGGAGGCAUCUCUGUCGGAGGCGUCAACUCCCAAGUCCGUCUGAGCGAGGCAGCAAUCAGAGCUUCAUUCAGGGAUUUAAAAGGCCUAUUCAAUUCCUCUCGGGAUAAUUUGACUGACCAGAUCUUCCAGAAGGCUGAGACGCUGCUGAGGAAGCUGGGAACCAAGGACAACUUAAAGGUGUGGUUCAACAACAACGCCUGGCAUGGCAUGGCGUCCUUCCUCGGUGUGGCGAACAACGCCAUCCUGAGGGGAAAUCUGCCAGCGGGACAGGAUCCCAGCCAGUAUGGCAUCUCCGUGUACAAUCACCCCCUCAACCUCACCAAGGAUCAGCUCUCCUCUGCGGCCUUGGCCACGUCCUCCACUGAUGUAGUGGUGUCCAUCUGCGUUAUCUUUGCCAUGUCCUUCAUCCCGGCCAGCUUUGUCCUCUUCCUCAUCCAAGAGAGGGUGAACAAAGCCAAACAUCUGCAAUUUGUCAGUGGAGUGAACCCGGCUGUCUACUGGUUGGCCAAUUUUGCCUGGGACAUGUGUAACUACUUCGUCCCAUGCCUCAUUGUGAUUUUCAUCUUCCUCUGCUUCCAACAAAAAGCCUAUGUCUCACCUCCUAAUCUGCCUGCUUUGAUUCUGCUGCUCUUUUUUUAUGGGUGGGCCAUCACCCCCAUGAUGUACCCAGCCUCCUUCAUCUUCAGCGUGCCCAGCACGGCCUACGUGGUGCUGACCUGCAUCAACCUCUUCAUCGGUAUAAACGGCAGCAUCGCGACCUUUGUGCUGGAGCUCUUUGAUGACGACAAUGUCUCCCGCAUCAAUGACAUUGUGAAAAACGUGCUGCUGAUAUUCCCCCAUUUCUGUCUGGGCCGAGGACUCAUCGACAUGGCUCAGAACCAGGCAAUGGCCACCCUCUUCAGCGGUUUUGGGGAAGACCGUUUCAAGGACCCACUCAGCUGGAAAAUGGUGGGAAAGAACAUUUGUGCCAUGUCCAUCCAGGGAGUCGUCAUGUUUACCAUCACCAUCCUCAUCCAGUAUAAAUUUUUCUGCAAGCCCAGACUUAUUUCAGGAAAGUCAUUAUCUUCGGAGGAGGAGGAUAUCGAUGUUGCUCAGGAACGCAAGCGCUUGUAUGAAGGCAAGGCCCAGAAAGACCUUCUGAGGAUCUGUGACCUCACUAAGGUGUACUCUCGGAGGAGCCCCCCUGCUGUGGACAGGCUAUGUGUGGGAGUACCUGCCGCAGAGUGUUUCGGCUUGCUGGGAAUCAACGGGGCCGGGAAAACCACCACGUUCAAGAUGCUGACAGGAGAUAUCCCAGUCUCCAGUGGAGAGGCCUUCCUAAAUGGAUACAGCAUACGAACAGAAAUGAGGAACGUGCACCAGAACAUGGGCUACUGUCCCCAGUUCGAUGCUAUCGAUGAACUGCUGACUGGACGGGAGCAUCUUGAGUUUUACGCCAGGCUACGGGGGGUCCCAGAAAAAGAGGUCGCCAUGGUGGCCGAGUGGGGGAUCCAGAAAUUGGGGCUGAUCAAAUAUUCCAGCAAGUCGGCAGGGACCUACAGUGGAGGCAACAAACGCAAGCUUUCCACAGCGAUAGCCCUGAUCGGUUGUCCUGGAGUCAUUUUCCUGGAUGAACCAACAACUGGGAUGGACCCCAAAGCCCGGCGCUUCCUCUGGGACUGCAUCCUAAGCAUCAUCAAAGAGGGCCGAUCAGUCAUUCUCACAUCGCACAGUAUGGAGGAGUGUGAAGCCCUUUGCACGCGCAUGGCCAUCAUGGUCAAUGGUCACUUCAAGUGCCUCGGAAGCAUCCAGCAUCUAAAGAGCAGGUUUGGUGAUGGCUACACGGUGAUUGUGAGGGUUGGUGGCUCUCCGCCUGAAUUGAAGCCUGUAGAGGACUUUGUCCGGCGGUCCUUCCUGGGCAGCGUCCUGAAGGAGAAGCAUCACAACACACUGCAGUACCAUCUCCCGUACACACAGGGGGCAUUGGCCCACAUCUUUAGCCAGUUCACCAGUCACCAGCAGAGGCUGGGGGUGGAGGACUACUCCGUGUCCCAGACCACGCUCGAUCAGGUCUUUGUGAACUUUGCGAGGCUCCAGCACGGGGAAGAUGACUCUCAGGCCUACGUCAACGCAGUGGACACUUCAGAUGAGCUGCCAAUGGAGUCUUUGAAGACCUCCCAAGAAGCGCAGGAGGUUUAACAACCAUUACACUAAUCACAAUUACUGUUGGCCGGCAGUACUUUAAACGCGCUUAAUUUCCUGUCAUUUCCAAAGGCGGAAUGAUGUUUGCACACCGUCGAUCGAGCAUGCGCACGGAUGUGUUGGUCAAAAAUGACAUGUCCUGUAAUUGUUUGUGUUGUCUUCUGUAACGGCCCUAACAUAAUCAUCUUUAACACAACUCAUGUGAAUGUGCUCUGCAAAAUACUUGCUCUCAGGAAUUCUGUAUUUCCGCCAAAUAUUUAUUCUCCUGGAGAUCAUCUUCUCUCAGUGAAUGCCGGCUCUGCAAAGGCAACGCCAUGGACUUUAUAGAAUAUGGUUGUAGUUCCUGCAAACUCGCCCAGGUUGUCUCCAUCUUGCAGUGAUGACACAACCUAACCCUUAAAAUGGAAAGAAAGGUAAAGGCCAGUUUGAUGUAGUUAAAAGUAUAUUGCCGACCUUAGUGGAGAGGAAUGUUGAAAAAAAAAGAUCUUUUGAAAGCCCCAUACUUUGCACAAUAUUUACGACUCCCCAGGGUUGAACUUUAAAUUGAAAUUUGUUUUAGAUUUUUUUUAUGUUUAUGAUGAUCAUAUUUUAAAAUGUAUAACUGUAUGAAAGAGCGGAGCUUGUACUGAUGUUUUUAAGUGGGUGUUUUCCAGCCAGAUAGUUAGUUAUGCUGAUAUUUAUAUAUGAAUAGAUAUCAACAAGGGACUAAUGUGAUAAUAUGGCUUAAAACAAAUUGAUCCACAGUUAGUUCCUACCUCAUAUUGUGAAUUACUGAAAGGCACUUUAAUGAUUGACUUUGAAAAUAACUGAACGCUAACAACCCCGUCUGAUGUGCUGGCUUUGGCCAAUUGACUGAGCCUCCAAUCAGCCGUGGAUGUUUAAUCUGAGGCUAAAGACGUUGAGGUUACAGCAGUGGGGCGAUGAGUGAGCGUCAACCAGCUGUUAAACAUCUUUGGGUCUGCAGGGAAGACGACAGCAUCCGUGUGUGCACAUCAAUGCAGAGCCUUUUGAUGGGCGCUGGAGUUUCAGGGAAUAGUUACACACAAUGUGCCUUUUAAACACCCACACGGGUUGUUUUUUAACCAUUUAUAUACAAUUUUGAAAGAAUAAUUCACUGUUAAACCUGUUUGUAUAUAAUUCAUCCAUCGUGUGUCAUUUGAUUUCUUGAAGGUUGCGGUUUUCACUGAGAUGCUCAAGGAUUUUAAAGUCAUAAUAAAUUAGAUGAAUAAAUUCCCUGGAUAUACUGAAAGAGUUAUUGAGGCUUUGUAAUAUCUUUUAAUAUAGUUUGGCUGUUGUUAAACUGUUAAACCCCCAUUUGCUUCAGUUCAUUAAGACUUUUUUCUCUCCCAGAAAAACAAACUAAUCAAAAUGAAAUGUCCGGAUGAGUAAUGACUUACAAACGGUCAUUUUGUGGUGAAAUGUUCUUUUUUUACUCUGAAAUAUAAAGUACUGUGUUUUUUGUGUUAUUUUAAUUAAACUAGACAAAAUAUCUAUAAUAUGUAAAGAAAUUGCAUUGUGCACUUUGGAAAUCCCAAAUGUCAAACUGUUGGCCUAUACUGCUUAUCUCAGAUGAAAUAGAAAGUUAAGUUUUAUUAAGAUGUAGAGAACAUGACACAGCUCCAAUCUUUUCAACAUUUCUUCUGUGCUGUACAACCCAAGUGGCCACUUACAUUACUUUGCACUGAGUUCAGAAUGUAAAUACCUCCUCACUUAACCGCUUUGGUUUACUUUGAGAACUUGACAUCACUUUUAUGCUGCGCUCAAUCGACUGUCACGCCGGCUGCAAAGAAUAAUAAGUCCUACCCACACUGAAUCCUGCCAAGACAAAUGAUUAAACAUUUGCUCAAAUUGUA